UCUGAUGACAUUUCUAUGGAUAUUUUAUAUAUGCAAGGGAAAGGAAUUUUUGAUACUUGAAGAUCCAUGGGAUUAUAAAAAGAGCAACAUCCUUAAUAUCUCAAGAUAUGGACAUCAGACAUUACUUAAAAGCUUGGAAAUGGCAAGUAAUAUUUUUCCUUUGUAGCUGGGGCUGGGUCUCUGGACAGAUUCAAUAUUCUAUUGCAGAGGAGUCAGAGCCAGGGACAUUGGUGGGGAAUGUAGCUCAGAAUCUGGGAUUACAUUUAACAGAUAUUAAUAAGCGGCAUCUAAAUGUGAGAUCUGAAGGGAGCAGCAAUUUGUUUGCUGUUAACCAGAACAAUGGAGCUUUUACUGUAAAAGAAAGAAUUGAUAGAGAAAUUCUGUGUGGAUCAAGCUCAAGCUGUUUACUGCAUUUAGAGAUUGUUACUGAAAACCCAUUUGAACUAUUUCCUCUUGAAAUUGAAAUUUUGGAUAUAAAUGACAAUUAUCCCACAUUUCAAACUGCUCAUCAGGUUAUAAGAAUAAUAGAAUUACUAGCUAACCCGGGUACGCUUUUCCCUUUAGGAAUUGCACAAGAUCCAGAUGCUGGAAAAAAUAGUGUUACACAGUAUAGAUUGAAUCCAAACCCUUAUUUUUCUUUGUCUAUAAAGAAUCGUAAGGAUGGAACACUAAUUCCAGAAUUAGUGCUAGAAAAAAAUCUAGACAGGGAAGAAAAAAGUGAACAUAAACUCAUACUUACUGCUUUUGAUGGAGGAGAAAAAUCACGGUCUGGAUCUUUAGAGGUGACUGUUAUUGUUUUAGAUAUUAAUGACAAUGCACCAGUAUUUGAUCAAUCAAACUACAGAAUUAGUGUACUGGAAAAUACUCCACUAAACACAGUUAUCUUAACCCUUAAUGCUACAGAUUUGGAUGAGGGUGCCAAUGGCGAAGUUCAAUAUUCUUUUGAGCAAAAUACACUUGAUACAGCAAAAACAUUAUUUGAGUUAAAUUCCCAAACAGGAGACAUAAUUAUUAAAGGAGUUUUGGAUUUUGAAGAAGCACAUUUUUACGAAUUAUCAGUGAGGGCAACAGACAAAGGAAUACCUGAAAUGGAGGGACGCUGUCUUAUUCAUAUUGAAAUACAAGAUUUAAAUGAUAAUACACCAGAAAUUCUGUUUACCUCUAAGGCAAAUGAAGUACCAGAAAAUGCACCAUUGGGAACUGUUGUUGGGUUUAUUGGUGUCAGAGAUAAAGAUUCUGGGAGAAAUGGAGAAAUACAAUUAGAUAUAUCACCAAAUGUACCUUUUAAAUGUCAAUCCUUUAACAACCGGUAUUCAUUAGUCACUAGUGGAUAUCUGGAUAGGGAAAAGGUCUCUCAAUAUACCAUUCAGCUUACUGCUUCUGAUUUAGGUUCUCCUUCUUUACAACAUCAGAUUACAAUUGUCCUUGAUGUUUCUGAUGUUAACGACAAUUUACCAGUUUUUCUCCAGUCAUUUUACAAUGCCUUUAUCAAGGAAAACAAUGAACCAGGCAGUUUACUGUGCACUGUAUCUGCUACUGAUCCAGAUGAGGGAGUUAAUUCAAACCUGAUUUACUCAAUAACUGACAAUCAAAUAGAUGGUUCUGCUGUCUCCUCUUUUGUAUACAUCAACUCUCACAAUGGUAAUAUUUAUGCUCAACGUUCUUUUGACUAUGAGCAGAUUCAGGUUUUAGAAGUAACUGCAAGAGUGGAAGAUUCUGGAGUUCCUAAAUUAUUUUCUAAUGUUUCAAUUUAUAUAUUCAUUUUGGAUACCAAUGAUAACACCCCAUCUAUAUUAUACCCAGAAUAUUCAAGGGAGGACAUUGCCCAAGAAAAGAUUCCAAGAUCAGCAUCUGUUGGUUGUUUGGUCACUAAAGUGUCAGCAGUGGAUCAGGAUUCAGGCCACAAUGCCUGGCUUAUGUAUAGUUUUCUUGAAUCUACCAGUAACACUUUGUUUCAGAUCUCAACAUACACAGGAGAAAUUAGAACUGUACGAGAUUUUAGUGAGGCAGACAAUACUGAGCAGUAUCUUGUUGUAUUAGUCCAUGACCAUGGGGACCCUUCUUUGUCAUCUACAGCCACUAUACUUGUAAAUUUAAUAGACAAUGUUGUGCAAGAAAAUCCUAAAUCUCACAAUCUAUUUUCAAAUUCUAAACCUGCACCAGACUUGACUUUAUAUUUAAUUAUUUCUCUUGUGGCAAUUAGUUUGGUUUCACUUGUAACUUUUAUCAUAUUACUUGUGAAAUGCUUGAAAAGGGGAAACUAUGAGAACAGCUGUGGAGUUUGUUUUGUGAGUGAUUCUCAUUCCAAGCAGUAUGCUGGAGAGUAUCAGCCAAAGCUUUUCUUAAACACAGACGGGACAUUAAAAUACAUGGAAGUUAGAAUGGCACCUGCAGAACCGCAAGGACAAUGCUACCAGGCUUGUUUUCCUGUAACAACAGAAAAUAAUGAAUUCACCUUUAUGAAACCACAGAAUUUUCCCCAGCUAAAAGAUAUGGUCAAUGAGGACACAUCUGAUGCAAAUUAUUUACAGGAGCCAAAUAAGCAAAAGCUUAUAGUUAAUGGGACUUGA